CUUUAUACCUCCUGCAAGUCCCUCCUCCUUACUCUCACCCCCGGACUCCAAAAACACUCUGAUUGCCAGGGUGGGUCAAUGGUUAACACUCCACGGGCUUUAUAUAAGCCUGCCCCAGCCGGCUACCUGCUCAGUCAGUCCUUCAGUUGCCUGGAUUCCAGAGAGACGGUGGCUCCAGCAGCAGUCCAGGGUCCACACCAUGGCCACCUGCUGGCAGGGCCUGUGGGCCUAUCGCUUCUACCUGUUUGUGUACCUCCUGCCCAUUAUCCUGCUGCCUCUGCCCCUCCUCAUCCCCACCAAGCAAGCCUACUGUGCCUACACCAUCAUCCUCAUGGCGCUCUUCUGGUGUGUCGAGGCCCUGCCCCUGGCUGUCACCGCCCUCUUCCCCCUCAUCCUAUUCCCCAUGAUGGGCAUAAUGGAUGCCGGCGAGGUCUGCAUCGAGUACUUUAACGACACCAACAUCCUGUUCAUCGGGGGGCUGCUGGUGGCCAUUGCUGUCGAGCAUUGGAAUCUGCACAAGCGCAUCGCCCUCCGCGUGCUCCUCAUCAUCGGGGUGCGGCCUGCUCUGCUGAUGCUGGGCUUCAUGAUGGUCACGGCCUUCCUGUCCAUGUGGAUCAGCAACACGGCCACCACGGCCAUGAUGGUGCCCAUCGCACAGGCCGUCCUGGAGCAGCUGCACAAGGCACCCGAGGACAAGGACGUCGAGAAGGGCAGUGACAACCCCACCUUCGAACUUCAGGAAACAAGCCCCCAGAAGGAAGUGACCACACUUGAUAAUGGGCAGGUUCACCCUGUCCCACCUGGUCCUUUGGAGCCAAAGGCACAGAGGACCCAGGAACACCUCCGCUUUUCCCAGGGCAUGAGCCUGUGCGUGUGCUACUCGGCCAGCAUCGGGGGCAUCGCCACACUGACUGGCACCACACCCAACCUGGUGCUGCAAGGCCAGAUCAACUCGAUCUUCCCCGACAACGGCAAUGUGGUGAAUUUUGCCUCCUGGUUCGGUUUUGCCUUCCCUGCCAUGAUCAUCUUGCUGGUGUUUGCCUGGGUGUGGCUUCAGUUGCUCUUCCUGGGGUUCAACUUCCGGAAGAACUUCGGCAUGGGCGAAGAGGCACGAGGUCAACAGCAGGCAGCCAUCCGAGUCAUCCAAACAGAGCACAGGCGGCUGGGCCCCAUGACCUUCGCCGAAAUGGCUGUCACCUUCCUCUUUGUCCUCCUGGUCCUGCUCUGGUUCACCCGGGAGCCAGGCUUCUUCCCUGGUUGGGGCAACCUGGCUUUUUCCAAUAGCAAGGGAGAAAGCCUGGUGUCCGAUGGGACGGUGGCCAUCUUCAUCAGCAUAAUCAUGUUCAUGGUGCCCUCCGAGAUCCCAGGGCUGACUCAGAAUCCAGAAAAACCCGGGAAGCUGAAGGCCCCGCCUGCUCUCCUCAACUGGAAGACAGUGAAUGAGAAAAUGCCCUGGAAUAUCGUUUUCCUGCUGGGUGGUGGCUUUGCCCUGGCCAAGGGCAGUGAGGAAUCACGCCUGUCUGCGUGGCUGGGGGACAAGCUGACCCCACUGCAGAACGUGUCGCCUCCCGCCAUUGCCUUCAUCCUCUCUAUCCUGGUUGCCACCUUCACUGAGUGCACCAGCAACGUGGCCACCACCACACUCUUCCUGCCCAUCCUGGCCUCCAUGGCGAAGGCCAUCUGCCUCCACCCUCUCUAUGUCAUGCUCCCUUGCACUCUGGCCGCCUCCCUGGCCUUCAUGCUGCCUGUGGCCACCCCGCCCAAUGCCAUCGUCUUCUCCUUUGGAGGAAUCAAAGUGUCCGAUAUGGUCCGGGCGGGAUUCCUGCUCAACAUCCUGGGCGUGCUGGUCAUCAUGCUGGCCAUCAACACCUGGAGCAUCCCCAUCUUCAGCCUGGACACCUUCCCUCCCUGGGCCUUAGCCAACGCAACCGACUGCCCGGCCAAUGCCACCGCGCUAGGCCCCUAGACCAGGGUCCAAUCUGGCCGAGACCAGGAAGACCCAAGCCGUUCCCACUCCUCUGAGUCGGGAGGAGACACCAGGCUCCACGCCGGACAAUGAGACAAUCGCACAUGUGUACAUUGCCUCGUGUGUAUCCGAGGAAUGUGUGUGUGCACUCAAUCCUGUGUCUGAAGAAAAUGUAUAGAUAGCAUGAACGUGUCUGUGUGAGGAGGGUGUGUCACGUGAGGAUGUCUGGGGGGGGGGUUUGUGUGUGUGCAUAUGAUCUUAGGUGUGUGUGCUUAAUAGUGCAUGUAUGUGAGUUCACCGAUAAUAUAACGUGCCCUUUCUAGCACCCCAGGUCUUGGUCUCCCCAGCUUGGUGGGUGACCAGACCCCUUCACACUGUAUUUAUUGAAACUCAAGGUUGGGGUGGCCUGGGCAGCCGGGCCUGCCAGCAGUUGCCAUGGCAACCGCCUCUGGGACCAGCCCAGCAUACGGAGCUCUCCCCAGCCUCUCCGCUCACCGUUAGGGGGAAGGGCUCGAAUACUAGGUACAUUAAAGUCUUUUUCAGUAG